AUGUCAUUAAUACAAUCAGAAAUUUCAAAUGAAGAUCCUGAACAAUUAUUUAGAGUUUUAGAAGUAAUUGGUCAAGGAUCUUUUGGUGUAGUUUGUACAUGUAUAAAUACUAUAACCAAUGAAGUUGUAGCAAUUAAAUUUUUAGAAAUGGAAGGUGAAGAGAACUCAUCAUUAAAGAAAGAGAUUACAAUUUUAAAAAAUACAGUUAGAUGUCCUUACAUUGUAAAAUAUCAUGGUUGUUAUGUUAAAGAGAAUAAUUUAAUGAUUGUUAUGGAAUACUGCGAUGGCGGUAGUAUUUUAGACAUUAUGCAAAUGUGUCAAAGAACACUUACAGAGAUUCAAAUAGCAGCUAUUUUAUAUCAAAUUGUAGAGGGUUUAGUUUAUCUUCAUUCAAAUAAAAUUUUACAUCGUGAUAUUAAAGCUGGUAAUGUUUUAGUAAAUAGAUUAGGUCAAGCAAAAUUAGCAGAUUUCGGUGUUAGUGCAAUACUUGUAAAUACAGGAUUUAAACAAAAAACUGUUGUUGGAUCACCAUAUUGGAUGUCACCAGAGGUUAUAUCACCACCAAAAGGAUCAAAUGGAUAUGAUAGUAAAGCAGAUAUAUGGUCAUUAGGUAUUACAGCUAUUGAAAUGGCAGAAUCAAAACCACCUUUAUUCAAUUUAAAUCCUGUUAAAGUUAUUUUUGUAAUUCCAUUUAGACAACCACCAACACUAGAAACACAGAGCAAUUGGUCACCAGAGUUUAAUGAUUUUAUAUCAAAAUGUUUAAAUAAAGAGGCAGAUAAAAGACCAUCAGCAAUUGAACUUUUAGAACAUCCAUUCAUUAAAAAAGGGAAGGAGAAUUCACAUCAUAUUAUAGGAGAAUUAGUAGAAGAAUGUAUACCAACAAUGAAAGAAUAUAGGAGAAGAAAAGCAGAGGAAGAGGAAGAAGAGGAAGAAGAAGAAGGUGAGGAAAAUCACGGCUCAUCAGUUUCAUCAUCAGGUUUACAAAAAGGCACACUCCUUAAAAUCAAUACUGUUACUCAGAGAGCAACUAUUAUGAGGGAAGGCAGCGAUAGUGAUGAAAAUGGUGGUAGUGGCGGUACAUUUAUCUACAAUCCUAAAGAUAGCUCCAAUACAAGUAAUUCUGGUACCGUAGUUUUUUCAAGAGGAAAUACAAAAGAUGAUGAAGAGUUUGAUUCAGGCUCUGUAGUUUUUAAAGGUUCAACGCUUGUUGAGAAAUUUGAAAGUAUGAAAUUAAAAUAUCAACAAAAACUAAAACAACACCAAGAUAGUGACGAUGAUGAUGACGAUGACGAAGAUGAUGAUGAAGAUAAUUUCGAUUCUGGCUCAGUAGUUUAUACAAAAUCGCCAUUACAAGACGAUUAA